AUGGCGGCCGUGUUGCUAUUGGUAUGCCUGUUCGCAAGCCAUGGCGGGGCCGCUGUGUUCAUCGAAUUCAAUCGCACAAUAUACCCAAUCAACCCCGGACUGCGGUUCUCGCCGCUCUACAGCAGAUAUGUUUCUCGCCCCGCCAACCCCAAUCGCCAGGACCCGUCAUCCUGGGCGCUCGAGUUCGACCUGAGGAAUGUGCCCCAUCUGAACGACUCGCUCUAUCUCGCCGGCAGCAGCCCUGCGAAGGUCAGCUACACUUUCAACGGCACAGGAAUGGAGGUGUUUAUGACUCCCCUCGAGAGCGGUCCUGGAUCCCCCAAGGUGUCUUGCUUGACAGGAGGUCGCAACAACACGCCAGCCGAUACCCAGGUACGACGAUACGGGUACAACCAGGAGAUGUCCUUCGCAGCUGGGAAGGAGAACCAGACCACGCAGUAUCGAGUCGACAUCGAGUUCGAGCUCCAGCAACGAUGGGCGGUUAACAACAUCACAUGCACUUACAUGCUACCAAUCGAUGAUGACCACAAACUGGACAUGACCGAAAUCUCGGCCAACGCAACCGCGAUAUCUCCAUCCCUGCCGAUUUCCCCAAGAAAUGAUACCUGGCUAUCUGGAGCGCUGGACGCUUCGAGGGAGGCUCUGUCCGGAAACACAGCCCCAGCUGCCAUGAGCAGCUCAUCUGGACGACUGGUAGAUCUGCCUCCCAAUGUGACCUUUGUCUCUGUCUUGGGGCCCAGGUACAUGACACAAGGGCAAGGUGGAGAGUGCCGCUUUGUGUUUGACCCGCCGUUCAUCCUUCGCGGAAUGACCCCCUACGAUGUCAACUACACGUACGUGUUCACGGGGAAUCCGUACUCGUUGAAGAUGUCCUCCUCGGGUGACGCCGUUGGUGCUCCACGGUCCAAUUGGCCAGGAGGCACCGGCGAAGCCGACUCGGAGCUGCCACGGGUGAUCAACGACGUCCACCUUCUCAACCAGCAGUUGGACCCCAGGAUUCGUUACAAGUUCGCCAUAGUGGAUGGAGCGGACUCCGGAGCCGCUGGUGCAAAUGGCGCUGCUCAAACGCCAAGCUCGUGCGAUUUCACGAAGAUCCUGCUGUGGCAAAGCGUCCCCGAUCCAAGCAGGCAGACCAACGCCACCCAAGCGUCCGCAGAAGGCUCAGCUGGUUUAGCAGAUGCACGGUCUCGUUCGCACGGUAUGGGCCCGGGUGUCAUCGCAGGCACAGUUGUCGGUGUGACCCUCGGCGUUGCCCUCCUUAUGACCCUCGCUGCCUGUCUGUGGAGGCGACGAAGGCGCAAUCCAUACGGCGACUUGGACGACAUUCAGGACGACACCAAGGCCACUCCCUACGUGGCUCCGCUCGGACCUGCGAGCGACGCCUCUCUUCUUAGGGAGGAGUCCGACACCAGCAAGCAGCCCCGGGACGCCUCCCCGCGUCGCCUUGUACGCCGUGAGGAGGACGCAGGGGCGCUCCCCGGGGAUGAUGAGGUCUCUCUCGAGUUCGAUGUGCUGCCGCCACUGUAUCGAGAAGAGUGGAACACCGCAGUGAACACCCGGACUGGCGAAGGGAGCAGACCCAGUGGCGAAGCGGUCGUUAGGCCGACAAAGGGGAGGCGACCCCGCGGGCCGAGAAGGGUAGGAGCUUCCAACAGGACAGAUCAGACCCCGAUCACCAACGAGGAGAUCAAGUUUCUAGGUGCCCCAGUCACGUCCAACCUCCCGGGCGGGCUCGGCCUGAGACAUCAGUGCCUGACGCCGGAGGAGCGCAAACGUCUUGCCGGAUCUCAGGUGACCGUCCGGGAUGAGACAUCGCGCAGCUCACAUAUUGUGGCACUCGAGGAUAUGAGGCUCUCGACCCGCACCAGCUUCACGGAGUCAAGCAGCCCGGGUUCUUCCGAGGACCAUAAACGAGCAGGCAGUUCGCAACCUUCAGGCCCGGCAGUGCGGCCGUCCCGGCAAGCGAAGGGCAAGGGCGUGAUGGAGGGGGAGAAGACACCAGUUGAAUGA